AAUAUAAAAGUAUUCUACUAUAAAUAUGUCCUCAGUCUAAUCAAUUAUCUAUGCUACCAGCCACCAGGUAUACAGAAAAAAUAGUGAGCUAAGAAAAAACUUUGCAAGGAUCUAUCUGUAACUUAGUAAUAGUAUAGGGGUAUUUUAGUCUAAUCAACCCUAAAUGAAAAAUAAAAAGACGAUGGCGUAAUGAGGUGUUAGGCGGUUAAAUACGAAAAGGCGUGUAACGAUCUUUCAAGCGGCAGCCAAAAUACAAAUAUAUAGACUAUAUCACUCACUCCCGCAGCGCCGCAGCCUAUUCAACUUUCAUUUUUUCCACUCACAAAAACGAAGAUUCUAGGGUUUCUCUGUUCUGUUCUGUUGAUAACUCAAAUCUCUCUACUUUUGUUUUAGGGAAACAACAUACUGAUUCAGACUUGCAUUGACAAACCUAUCAUCUGAAGGCGAAUUUUGAGUGCCGUUAAAUUAAUUUGAGAAUCUGAUUAAGCGAAUUCAUCAUGGGUUUGAAGAAAUCUAAGAAGGUUUCAUGGGCUUCUGGACCUAAUCUUUGUCAGGUAAAACAUUAUCGAAAAGAGGAUUGCCCAUCAAAAGUAGGUAAGAGAUCUCAACAUCAUCCUCAUUUAAAGCAGAUGCAUUGCCUGAUGAAGUCAAAAGAGAGAUUUUCUUACAGAUCUUUGGCUAAAUGGAAAUGCCCUCCCAAGUUUAAUUUGAACAAUAAGUGGCAAGUGGUUUCUGGUGAAGAUAGUAAAGAAGCAGGGGAUCAGGAGCAUAGGGAAAAGAGAGUGAUUGAGGUGGUUUGUCCUUCUCGGCAUGCAAUUCCUCCUAAUCCUUACACCUCGUCGGAUCUGGACCAAACUUAUGAUGAUAAUCAAACUCCAGUAAUUCGAAUCAUUCCCAUCGAAGAAGAAACAGAUGUAGGAGUUUCAUUCCAUUUAACGCCAUCCCAAACCAUCAGCAGCAAAUUGCCAGAUGCUUGUCUAACUUAUAGUCCAUCAUCAUCUGUCAGUAUAGUUACUUCUCAAAAGCUACCUGCUAAUGGAAAAUCGCUUCCCCAGUCUUUGUCAACCUUCCAAAAUCCCAGGAAACCUCUGACCAAAUCUCCUUUUUCUGUAAGAUGGCCUUCUAAUGUGGAAUCUACUUCUCAUCUGAAGGGAUCUGAGCAAACCAAAGUUUCUCCUAAACCACCUAUUAGUUACAACUCUGUCCCCCAAUAUAUCAGCACUCCAGACCAGACUGAAAUUUUUCCAGACCAAAUAGCUAAUCAAAACCAUGGGCCCAAGUAUCGAACAAUAUGUGAAAACCAGACUAUUCGCCAGCUCGAGUCUCAAGUUUCUGAAAUGCCACCUGCUAAGCACAACCCUGUCACCAAAUCUCCAUCCACAUGUGAUUUGACAGUUGCUGUAGCAACAGCUAUAACUGCUCUUGCAAAAAAUCAAGAGCAGGGUAGUCUGAUCGAUGCCAACUUAUUGGUUAGACUUCUCCUCAAUCCAGAAGAAAUACCAAAGCUAAUGAAUGAACAUGGAAGCGCUAACAAUGCUGCAACUGGUGCUGCAACAGCUGAUUCUUUUAUAGGUAUCAUGUCUAGGCCGGUGGAUCAAUUGAUUCCCUUGCCUAGGACAAAAACCGAUAAGGUAAUUAACAAACCCAUUAAUGAACGCCAAGCUCCCUAUGCAGGAUCUGGACCAAGUUUUGGCCCAAAGCCAAUGGCAAAAUUUGCGCCCUUGACGAUGACUAAGCCUGAAACAUCCGUGAAAAGUAGUUUGGUAAAUGAACAAGGGGCCCCUCCUCAUCUAGGAACUGCAAACAUUAGAGAGAGUAAGUCAAUAGUUCACCCCGCUUCAGACCUAAAUCUGGAAAAGAUUAAGAAACUGAGUAACAAAUAUGGAGUACUUGACAAUGCAGGAGGAAAGCCCUUGGUUAAUUCUGAGUUGGUUCCUUCAUCUUGUUCCAAAUAUGAUGUGGUUUUGUCAAGUGCAGACCAUCGCACCACCUUGCAGCCUAAGCUGUCACUUUCACCAAAUGUUGGUCAUACAUCUCCUUUAUCCUCGAUGACUAGUCCUACCCCUCUUCGCAAGGAUAUCAAUUACUGCAAGUCCCUGAUCAAGGAACAUGGAGACAAUUGUGAGUCUGUAGUUGAUGAAUCCUUACAAAAUACCAAUCCUCGUGAUAAUAAACGGGGGGCAGGUUUGUUAAAGAACCAAAAAUCAAUUCAGCGCAGCCUGACGCGUUGUAUUUUCUUUAAUAAACCUAGGGGAUGCCGUAAUGGUUCCUCUUGUCCCUUCCUGCAUGAUAUAUCCGGACAAAAGAGGUCUGGGGGGAUGUCGGAAGCUCGGGAUUCAAAGAGAAAGAAGUAAAGUGGGGAACUUACUAAUAGGACAUGACUCAAGAGGUAUCAUUUUCUUUUAUACAGGAAACUAGUGACAAAGGCAGUUGCACAGCUGUUUAAAUAAAUGCUCUCCGUUUUGCCUCUUCCAUGAGGGAAAUUUUGUAGAGCAGACCUUUAAAACUCGGAUUAAAAGUUUAGAAUCAGUCUUGGCUUUUAACUGAAAAACUUGAAGGAGUUUUCCUUUGAAACUCUGAACUUGGAUGAAGCGUUUUUUGCCUCGACAAUAUUUCUCUUCAGACAGGUUUUGCUGAAAUCGUUUUUUGCUCUCCUUGUUGCAAUCGCAAUCCAGUGUAGUGCCUCUCCCCCC